AAAAAGACUGUUUUAAAAUUUGGUGCAAUGUCUGUAUUUCGUAGGACAAUAUUUAAGAGCAGGAAAACUGAAGCACAUGGCGAUGAGGAUCGUGGAAAGGAUACUCCCCGCGAUGCGCCUCCAAACUCUCAAGAUGCCAAUGAUCAAAAUGGGUCCGAUAUUCAAGAAGAGAUAAUAAGACCGGAUCCAUUCGCUGGGCGAAUGCCAACAUUUUUUCACAUCGGUGGAUUGGCCACGGCGUGCUUAACCAUUGGCUAUAAUAUUGGAGCUUGGCAUAUCGAUUGCACCAGUAAAGCGAGCGAUGUGUGUACCCUUUACAACUAUGGCACGGCUAGGCCUGAUUCCAAAACGAUAUCGGGUGGCGUGGGCAUCCGCGAGAGAAUCGGUAUGCUGAAUAUGACACAGGUUUGGCAAACGGAGGGCAUCUUGGGUACACUUGGCAUAAGCACUGAAGACGGCGAUGGAAGACUGAAUGCCAUGUUGAGGGUGGCAUAUGCCGCGCAUGGCAGUUCGGGUGUUAUGCUGGAUUUGCAUACCGGUUACGAGCAGACACCAAUCAAAUUUGAUUUGAUAGUACCGCUUAUGAAUGUGGCACAUCUAAAGGGCUAUGUAGUUGUGCAGCCGGCUGAGGAUUUUUUGCUGGGCUAUCGUAUGGUCUACGACUGGAAGAGGCAAGGAUUUGACCAACAUGCAAUUGCCGCGGGCUAUAACAACGGUCGCACCGAAUUGUGCCUUAAGCUCGAGAAUUUCAAGCAACUGCGCGGCUCCGUUUUCCAGCGACUUGGCGAUCGCUGGGCUGUUACACUCAAGGGGGAUCUGUACAAGGAUGAACCAAAACACAUUGCGAUUGGUGCUCAGUGCAAUAUUGAUACAGCUCGGAUCAAGGCCAAGCUGAGCAACGACGGCUUUUUGGGUGCCGUCUUUCAGCACGACCUCAGUGAGAACAUUAGAAUUAUGUAUCACUUAGGCUGCGACAUUAGCGCGCCAAUUGAGGGCAAUCACAAAAUGGGUAUUUCUUGGAGUUUUACUUGCUAAAUUGGAAAAAAUGUUAAUAAAUGUUAGUGCUUUUUUGA